AUUCGCAAGAUUUGUUUUGAAUAGCAUCGGGGAGCUAAUUCUCUAUGUAUGGGAUGAGGAUUUACACCGAUGGAAUUUGGUUUGGAAGGCACCUCAGCAACGUUGUGAGAUUGCGGGUUUCUGCGGGGAGUAUGGCAUCUGCAAUCAACAGAAUGGAUCUCUUUGUAAUUGCCCGAAAGGUUUUAGACCAAGAUAUUCAAGAAAUUGGGACUUAUAUGACUAUGAAGGAGGGUGUGAGAGAAUAACUCCUCUACAAUGCUCAGAUGACAAGUUCCUCACAAUGCACAACGUGCUCUUUCCAGAAAUAUCACAUCUUCCAGCAGUAAAAAAUGUUGAAGAAUGCAAAUUAAACUGUUUAAGUAGCUGUCAUUGUGUUGCUUACUCUUAUAAUAAUGGGUGUUCAAUUUUCAAAGGAACACCUAUAUAUCUACAACCUUCUUCUGGUAAUGAGUUAGGUGGAGAUUUUCAUAUUCGCAUUUCAGCAUCUGAGCUAGUGGGAAGUAAAACCAAUAUGUUGAAAAAAGCAGCUUGGAUUGUUGGAAUUCUCGAUGUACUCAUUCUUCUCAUUUCCAUUGGAUUGGCAAUUAUUCGGAGCAGACAAUCCACUGUUGUACUGGAAGAAGUACAUAUUUCUUUGAUUUUGUUCAAGUAUCGAGAUUUACAAAGAGCAACAAGAAAGUUCUCCCAAAAACUUGGGGAGGGUGGUUUUGGUUCUGUUUUCAAAGGGACAUUACCAAAUUCAACAACUAUCGCAGUGAAGAAAAUAAGAAGUCUAGAUCAAGGUGAGAAGCAAUUCCGUGCAGAAGUUAGCACACUUGGAGCAAUCCAGCAUGUUAAUCUUCUUCGCCUUCGUGGUUUUUGUGUAGAAGCUUCAAAAAGAUUUCUUGUCUAUGAUUACAUGCCAAAAGGUUCUCUAGAAUCCCAUUUGUUCCAAAACACUUCAAAGAUUUUGGAUUGGAAGACAAGAUAUCAAAUUGCGAUUGGGAUUGCUAAAGGGUUGGCUUACCUUCAUGGUAACUGCAGAGAUUGUAUCAUGCAUUUUGACAUCAAACCUGAGAACAUAUUGUUGGAUGCUGAAUAUAAUCCAAAAGUGGCUGAUUUUGGUCUUGCAAAAAUAAUUGGACGGGACUUCAGUCGUGUGUUGACCACCAUAAGGGGAACUAGGGGCUAUCUAGCACCAGAAUGGAUUUCAGGUGAAGCUGUUACUCCAAAAGUUGAUGUUUUCAGUUAUGGGAAGCUUCUUUUCGAGAUAGUAUCUGGUAGGAGAAAUAUGGACAUGCUAGAUGGUGAUGAUGAAGAGAUACGUAUCUACUUUCCAUCUCGUGUUGCAAUUGCGAUAAACAAAGGGGAAGACCUUCUGACACUACUAGAUCACAAAUUAGAGGGAAAUGCCAUCAUGGAAGAGCUAACUAGAGCCUGUAAAGUUGCUUGUUGGUGCAUUCAAGAUGAUCCAAGGGAUAGACCAACUAUGGGCCAAGCAGUUCAAAUUCUUGAAGGAGUGAUGCAAGUGGACUUGCCUUAAAUUCCUCUAUAUUUCCAACGCCUUUCAGAAAAUCCAAUGGUAGCGAUUGUUUCUCAAGAGAUUGAGACUUCUUCAAGUUCAUAUUGAUGGGCACAAGGUACUGUCUUAACUUUGUCUUUACAAUCAGUGCACUCUUUGUAGUCAAAAUAAUGCUAGUCGUUCCUUUAAUCUACUGCAAACUAUGAUAAAAGGUCACUGUUGUUAGAAGCUAAGGAGCCAAGUGCAUAAAAACAAAUGUGAUUUCGACCAUCAUGGUGCCAAAAGCAAUAAAGUGUGCUUCUUUGUUUCU